AUGUCAGAGCUAUUCAAAGAUAUACCGGAGUUCGUAGAGACGAGUAUAGGUGAAUCAGUCACUGCACGUACAGAGACUCUAGCUACAUUCCGUGAACUUGGACCACCUGAUUUAUGCCAAGUUGUCAAAUCAUCAGGAAGUAAAACCGCUCAAAAAGAUCUGGGAUCAUAUCACUAUUGCUCAGGAGUAGAAGCUUCAUCAUCGGCUUCAUUGGCAGCAUACCUCAACUCAUUACAAUUUUCAGUGGAGGAAGAUACUGCUUGGUUUGGAAAAGGUAAUGGAUGGAGAGUAAGGAGUGGUACAUACUGCUGUUUCAAUGCUUUUUCAAGAGUAGAUAUGAGAGUGGAUGUCAAGAUCCCAGGUGGUGUAGACGCCUAUGUCGUUGAUUUAAGAGGUGAUAAACACGCCGCAACACCUGAUUUAUGGCAAGAAACUUAUCUUUCAGCAUUACUUCGAGCUAUAAGAUAUGCAGAUGAUGCUUCAUAUCGUUUAGCGGGAUAUAGGAAAUUAGAUCCUAUAACUACACCUGAAGCUGAAGAGAGAUUCUUAAAAGCCGCUGAAGCCCUAUUCUUCAAAGGUUGGCAACUGGGGUCAGACCCAGAAGUACAAGUGGCUACUGUAGUUACGAAUCACCUCACAUCAGCUGUCGUCAAAUAUUUCGCAGAUUCAUUCAGGUUAGAUCGUGCCGCCAAUCUUUUCGAGAGGAUGAUGAUAAACGAGCCUGAAGUAGCUGCGUUAUUGGCUAAGAGUUAUAUCGGAAUGAAUGAAGAGAUCAAAGCAGUCAAAAUAAUGCAUUCGGCACUAUCGACGAAUCCCCAAUCAUAUCCAAUCCUUCACACUCAAUGUGAUUUUUUACUAUCAAAAGGUAAACCUGAAUGGGCACAACAGAUAGCACAACAAGCAGUAAAUUCAGCACCUAGCGAAUUUGUGACAUGGUCAAAACUCACUGAAACAUAUAUAGAAUUAAAUCAAUUCGAUCAAGCUUUGUUAACAUUAAAUUCAUGUCCAAUGUUUACUUUUAAUGAGAGAGAUUUACAUAGAAUGCCAACUCCUUUAAAAACUCAUUUACCAAUCAAAAAGUUCAUAGCGGAAAGUGGUAUCUUAGACGAAGAUUCAGCAAGAGAUAAUGAGGCCGAUGUGGCUUUGAUCCGAUUACCUGCGCCUGGGUUGAGAGGUACUUUUGCAAAAGCAUACUCAUUACUCACUUUACUAGUUUCGAAAAUUGGUUGGGAUGAAUUACUUAAAACUCGUUCACAAGUUUUCGUUAUGGAAGAAGAAUAUAGAUUACAUAAAACAACAGCAUCGAUAGAUCUGAAUGGUCAUGCUGAUGAAAAUACUUCCACUGCUGGAAUUAGAUCUUCUUCAGAUGUAGAUGGAGCGAGUAGAGGUCCAAAUACACCUUCAGAUAUACCAACUAUCAGAAUAUCAACUGAAUCAGCUAGAACUCCAAAUGGUACAAUAUCACAUCAUCAUCACGAGAAAAAAGAAAGUCAACAAAUGGAUACAGUAUUGGAAAAACCUGAAAUAGCUCAAACGACAGAAGAACCUCAUAGUCCAAUAGGAAUGAAAUUUGAUGCCCCAAAUCAAGGAGAACAAGGUGAAGAUCAAGAUCAAGAAGGUGGCGAAGAAGGUUCUCAACCUAGUGCAUUCGCUAAUAAGCGAUUAUGUGAAAGAUGGUUGGAUAACUUGUUUUUGGUAUUAUACGAGGAUCUACGAGUUUACACAAUAUGGAGAGCUGAGAUAUCACAUUUCAAGACUCAACAUAUGUCUUAUAGGAAAACAGGAACUGAAUGGGAGAUCUUGGGUGAAUUAGCAAGUAGAUUACAUCACAAAGAAGAAGCAAAAGAUGCUUUCCAAAGGUGUCUAGAUGGAAAAUUCUCUGCGAAAGCUUUGAUCAAAUUGUUGGAAAUGUACGCCACAGAAGGUGAUUUGCAGAGGACAUUGAAUGCUGCGAUCAGAUUGACUACGUAUCACCAUAGAUGGUAUAUGGAUGCAGCAUAUCCAUCGAUGAUUGCUCAUUAUCUAUUCAAAUUGGGAUUAAUACAUGGACACGCAAAGAUACAAUAUACUUUGUUGAGUAUGAACCUCCCUGUUGGAAUAUUUGAAAUCAUGCAAGGGUACAUGAAGUAUGGUGCGACAUUUAAUGUCGAAGGAUCAGAAUUUUAA